AUGAAUAAUAAUAAUAAAAGAUUUAACAUUGAUGAAGAUGAAUAUGACGACUAUGAGUUAAAGUUAUUGAAACAACAAGAAGAGUUUUUAAAAAGUGGUGAAAAGCCAUCUUCAAGUGUAUCUAGAGCCCCACCACCAGUAUUAUUAUCAAAAAAACAACCCACAUCCUCAAUUUCAACAUCAGCAUCAGCAUCAUCAUCAUCUUCUUUUAAUGAUAAUCAACAAAAGAUAUCAAAUAAUGGUAUUCCAAUUAUAGAUGAACCUAUGGGAGAAAAGGAUGUAAUUUCAUUAAAUGUUUUUAAUGAAAAAAGAGAUAAUCAUAUUACAAGUAUUAUUUCAGGUGUUUAUGAAAGAGACGUAACAGAGGCACUUUUCGAACCACCAAAGAAGAAGAAUAUUGGUUUUCCUGAAGCUGUUCAUAGAUCAUUCUUGUCAUUUUCAUCAAAAAGAAAUCAAAGCAGCAACAAUACUUUUUCAUCAAAAAUGGAACCAACCAAAGAAGAAUCAAUUUCAAAUGAUAUUGAAGACGAAAACAAUAGAAAGAUUGAAUCUAUGAGCUCAAAUGAAAUUUUAGAGAAUCAAGAAUAUUUAUUAAAACAUUUAGAUCCAAAAAUUCCAAAAGUUAAAGUUAUCGACACAAAAGAAUUAAAUGAAGAUAUUAAAAAUAAUAAUAAACCAGUUAAAUUUAAUAUUAAUAAUAAUGAUAUUAUAAAUAAUAUCAAUAAUAGUAACAAUAGUAAUAAUAGUAAUAAUAGUAAUUUAACCACCACAACCACAACCACUACAACCGCCAAAACCACCACCAAAAACGACAAAAAUAAACCAAAAUCUGUCCAAUUUAAUAAAGAUAUUGAAAUUAAAGAAAUUGAAGAAAACGACAAUAAUAUUGAAUCAACUAUAGCCACAACUAGUGAACCAGAAUUUGACGAAACUACAAUGUGGAUGAAAGAUUUAGAUAAAAGUGACGAAAGAUCUGGAUUUAAAGAAACAAUUUCAAACUUUAGAGAAUGGAGAUUUGGUUUUUCAGGUGAAAUUAUUCAAAGAGGAUCAGAUAAGCCAAUUACAGAAGGUUUGCACCAUCAUGGUUCUGAAGCAUCAGAGGCUGGGUACACUCUUAACGAAAUUAUAAUGUUAAUUAAAAGUUCGAAUCAUGCUCAAAAAUCAAUCGCAUUAAAAAUUUUAACAUUAAUAAUACAAAAAAUUCAAAAUGGUUCUUAUGGUAAAUUUAAUAAAAAAAUAUUAUUUGAGGAAAUUUUAAAUUUAAAAGUACCAAGAUUAUUAAGAGUUUCAAUAGAUUCACAAGUACCAUCCAUUUUAAUUCAAGCCCUAACAUGUUUACAUGCAUUAGUUGUUCCAAAUAUUGAAGAGAAUGCUUAUGAAAUGAUCGAAUUGCGUAGUCAUAGAUCAUAUGAAACAAUAUCAAUAAAACCAAUUGCAAAAGAAAAUAAAAAACUCUUCCAAAAUGAAGAGGAAGAACCAGAAAAAGAUGAUGAUGAAAAAUGUCAAGAUGACUUGAUUAGAGGCUUAGUGGAUAUGGGUUUAUCAAAUAGAUUUAAAUAUUUAUUAGAUAACGAAGCAAGGUCAUCAGAUUUGAAAGCCAUGUCACAAGACCCAUUCUUCAAGAGCUUCUUAUCACGUUUAUCUUUAAUUUUAGAUAUCUAUAUCCGUAUUACCAGACACUCAAAUCAAUUAUCCGAAGAAUUAUUUAUUGACUGCGAAUAUCUUUUCAACACAAUUAAAAACAGUUUGGUAGAAUUUGACCAAAUUAUAGAUAUUAUACAAUCUUCACCUCAAAAACAACUGGAUGCAAAUGAACAAUCACUAAUCAAAGUAUUGAAGAAUAUUCAAAUUAAAUGUAUCCGUUUAUUAAGAAGAAUCUCCCAAUCAUCCAAACAUGCUGCCGAUUGCAUGACAGUAUCAUCCUCUGGCCUAUUCGAUUUAGUUAAAGAAAGAUUUAUGAAUUGUAAAGAUAAUCAAGUUUUAAUGGAAUAUAUAAAAUUAUUUAGAAUUUGGUUUAUUUAUCGUAUUCAAAUUGAAGAUUACUUUUUAGAUAUAUUACCAGUGCUAAUUCGUUAUGUUUCAGAGUUUACAGAAAUUUUAAAUCAUGAAGCUUUCAAUUUAUCAAAAGUUCAACCAUCACCAUCCCCAUCAUCAAACCCAACAGGUGAAGAAAGUACCAAAAAUGAAUUAAAUAAUAAUAAUAUGGACAAACCAAUCAAGUUUAGUAAUAAUUUCCAAAACAUUAUAGAUUCACAUAUUAUGGAGACUGUUAGAACCAUUUAUAAUCUUUUGGAUAUUAUGAUGCCAGCUGUAGUUAAUGGACAACAAUUAGAAUGUUAUGACUCUAUUUCUCACUUUAUCGAACCAUCAUUUAUAAUUCUUCAAACUAUUGGCGUAGUCUAUCACUCUUUCAGGGAAAAAGAAUCAGACUAUAAUUUAUUAUCAUCAAUGGGUUUAUCAUCAUCAGUUCUACACUUUAUUUCAACAUUUUUCGCAUCAUUAAAUAGACUUUUAAUAUUACCACCAAACCAUUUAGAAAAAUUACAUUUCAAUAGCAGCAGCAAUAGUAAAAAUAUCUUAGAUUUAAUUGAAAACAAUACAAAUUUAACUUUUACUUCAAUUUUUGGUAGCACAUUAUACUCUGAUGCAAGAAGAAAGAUUUUAUCAUUGGUUUAUGCAAAUAGUAACGAUAAUGUUCCAAUUAAUUUCAACUUUUUCUUUGAAGGUGAAGUUGCUGAAUGGUGGCUUUCAGUAUCAAGAUAUUUAAUAUUAAGCUUAGAAAUCAAUAGAUCAAUUGGUAAAUUAAUUUUCUAUAUGGAUCAAAGCAAUUUCUUCUAUCAUCUCCAUUCAAUGUUGGUCUCAACAAUAGAUUACAGAAAGUCAUUCUUCAAUCAAGAUAGAGAUUUAAUUCUUUCAAAUUAUAGAUCUAAAACUUAUCUUUACUUUUAUUUAUUAAAACUAAUGAAUGAAUUACGUUUCGAAACCGAUGAAUUUGAUCCAAAUCUUUCCAAAUUCCACCACUCCUCUGCAAUGGCACUUGUUCCAACUUUCUUGCCAAAUGACGAUAUUUUAAUAUUUGAUUUGUUUUCAUCAACAAUCUUCCAAAACGAUUAUCUAGAGGCAAUCGGUUGUCUUAAACCCUCAUCAGUCUCAGUUGUAUUAAAAUUGUUUUAUCAUGAUAGAUUUUUCCCAUCAAAAACUUUAGAAUAUUCACAAAUUUUAUAUAGGGUAGAUGAUUCAGAAAACCAAUUAAAUGACUUAUUUAUAUCAUUCGAAUCAGAAAACUCAUUAUUACCAUUAAAAUAUGAUUGGUUUAAUUUACCAAUUGAAUUUUUAUAUCAAUCAUCAGUAGAGUUAUAUAACGCAAAUACUCAAAACUAUUUUGAUGAACAAGAAAGUGAUUGGAAUGAAGAUAUGGACUCACCACCAUUGAUUUUAAAUACACUAUUAUUUAUUCAAUCAUUAUAUAAUGCCAACUCACAGUAUAUUCACUCGAUUCCAUUAGAAAAUACAUAUCAAGUUUUAAUGAAAAUCUUUUUGGUAAGAUCAGAACCAUGGAAACAAGUCGAAAUCUCAAAACUAUUAAAACACUUAUUAUAUGUUUUAAUCACAAAUUUAAAACUUCAACAAGAAGAGGAAGAAAAACAAAAAAGAGCUCAAGAGGAAUCAGAACAAGGUGAAGCAAUGGAAAUCGAUCCUGUUAAAAAACCAACUAUCGAAUUUGAUUUUGAAGGUUAUUUUGGUCAAAAGUUUUAUCAAUUUUAUCAAGAAUUUGUUCAACAUUUCGCAAGUGUUUCAUUUGCAUCAGAAAUAUUCUCUAGUUUUAUUUGGAUAUUUUUAAGACAAACCUAUACAGCACGUUAUAGAUUAUUACUUUGGAAUGAAUUAUUCCCAACCUUAAACUAUUUAACUUGUAGCGAACCACAACUCCCAUUAGGUAAUACUGGCUAUUUAAUUCCAAUUGAAUCAAAUACAGAAUUAUUAACUCUAUACAAGAGCGCUCUUGCAUCCAAAAAAACUACCCGUCACUAUGCUCCAAAAUUAUAUUUAAUUGCAAUUCAUCAUUUGUCAAAUUUUGUUUUCUAUAAUAAUACAACCGAUACCGAUGCUCCAGCUAAAGAAUCAUCAAUUGAAGAAAUUUUAUCAAAUGGUAUCAAAUGCCAAUAUCUUUCCAAUAUUCUCUCUGAUGCUCCAAAAGAAACCGUUAUUGAUUUUCUCUCUUAUUUCUACCAACAAGAUUGUUCUUUCCAAUUUACAAGUCAAGAUUCUAAUGAAAUUUCAGAUCAAAGAAAAUUAUUAAUUACCCAAUUUAUUGAACAAAAUCAAUCAGUUAAAGAUAAAUUUAGUAAAUUAAAUUUAUUUUAAAUUAUUUUUUUCUUAAAAAUUAUUUUG